AUGGAAAACAUUCCUCCUGAAGAAUAGCUCGAAUAGCAAGACCAGAUAAAUUAAUCUCUCUUGCAAGAGAGCAUUCAUGAUGCUUAGCCUGAUAAUCCAACUAACUCUUCACAAAUCCAAGAGGAUUUUCAAGAAAAAGCUAUCAAUCUAAUCACAUUCGAUUAAAAAGAAGGUAUAUUUAUUGAAAAGUAUUUAAUCAUUUUAGGGUUCUAAGUAAGUCCAGAGGCAAUAUAACUACUGGGAGGUAUAAAAGAGAAAAUAGGUAUCAUAGCUGUGGCUGGAAAAUACAGGACAGGAAAGUCUUUCCUCCUCAACAGAAUUAUUCUUGAUAAAAAGGAUGCUAAUGGAUUUGGCGUUGGACCCACAAUAAACCCAUGCACCAAGGGUCUUUGGAUUUGGAAUAAGCCAAUUGAAAUUGAUAACAGAUCUGGUGAGCCUCCUUUUAAGGUAUUCAUUGUUGAUAGUGAAGGCAUAGGUGCCUUUAACGAGGAUUAAAACCAUGAUACUCGAAUAUUCCUCCUAGCCUUAUUACUAAGUUCAUAUUUUGUCUAUAACUCAAUGGGUACAAUUGAUGAAAAUGCUCUAUAAAACCUAUCUCUAAUUGUUAAUCUCUCAAAGUAACUACAAAUCAAAAAUCAAAAAGCUGAAGAGGCAGAUCCAGAUGAAGUGGCUAGAUACUUUCCAUCCUUCUUAUGGGUUGUAAGAGAUUUCGCUCUGAGGUUACUUGAUCAAUAUGGGAACCCCAUUAAUUCAAAGGAAUAUCUUGAAAAUUCAUUGAAAGAGUAAAAAGGUACAUCAGAUAACAUCGAAAAGAAAAAUAGGAUUCGAAGAUUGAUCCUCAAUUUUUUCAAAGACAGAGAUUGCUAUACUAUGGUCAGGCCAACUGAGGAAGAAAAAGAUUUGCAAAACUUACAAUAGAUGGAAGACGAUAAGCUUAGACCAGAGUUUAUUGAGUAAAUGACUACAUUAAGGGCUAGAAUCUUCAAAAGAGUGAAGCCCAAGGUAUUGAAUGGAAAAUUUAUUACUGGUGAGUUAUUUUUAGAGCUAUGUUAAGCAUACACUACUGCUAUAAAUAAAGGUUCAGUUCCUUGCAUAGAAUCAGCUUGGACAUACUUAUGUUAAAACGAAUGUCAAAGGGCAAUUCAAGAAUCAAUUUAACUCUAUGAGAAGGAAUUGAAUGCUAGAGCAUUUUUAAAUCUGAAACGAACUGAUUGUAUUAACUAUAAUGAUUUAAAGAAAGCCCAUAAAACUUUGAAAGAGGAAAGUUUAGCUUACUUCAAAGACAAAGCUGUUGGCUAAAAUCUUAAGGAAUUUGAAUCUAAAAUCCUUGAUGAUCUUUAAAAGAAGUUUGUCAUAGUAAAGACCAAGUGCAUUUAAAUUUAUGAGUUAAAAUGCCAUGAAUCCACAAAGAAGGAUGUAGAUAAUAUAGAGUCUCUAAUUAGAUAAGAUCUAUAUCAAUGUAUCCCAGACUUCAACAAAGAUAUAGAGAAGCUGAAGUAAACUUAUGCCUAACAGACCUUAUCGAUAAUCUAUUAAUAGAAAGAUGCUGUAAUUAGAGGUAUAGUUGAAAAGCUUAUAAUGAAGGGAUAUGAGGCUAUAUUUAGAAAAGAAAAGGAAUAAUUAACAAAUUAAAAUAGGUAGCUUACAGAAAAAUCAAUCUAUCUAGAGAAAGAUCUUCAGUCUAAGAAAUCAGACUAUGAUUCAGAAAGAAAUAUUAUUCAAAAUAAACUCAUAGACAUCUAAUCAGAGAUUCAAAGUCUAAGAGCAAACAAUAAAAUAUUUGAAGAGAAAAAUAAGCUACUGGAGAGUGAAAGGAACAAACUAGAAAUCCAAAUAUCUGAUAAAGUUUCUCAAAUGAAUGAAUAAAAAGAUAAGAUUGAAAAUCAGCUCUAGGUAUAGUUGAGAGAUUGCCAAUAAAAGUUAAAGGUACUUGAAGAUCAGAAUUUAAAGUCACAAAUCUCAUUUGAAAAGGAUUCAGCUCUCAGGGAUUAAAAGAUAGUAUAUACAGAAAAGGAGAAUCAAACCUUAAUUCUUAGAGUGGAAUAGCUUUUUAAUGAGAAUAGAUAACUAUUGGAGAAAGUAGCAUUCUAAGAAUAACAGAUGAAGUAGUCAGAGUAAAUGCUGAAAACUAAGGAUGAAGAGAAAAAGAAGGAAGUGGACAUUUUAAAAGACUUCUUCCAAAGGAAAAUAGAUGAAAGUAAGAACAGUGACAGCUUCGUAAGUAUUGAGAAGUAAAAGUAGUGGGAGUAGGAGAAGUAAUUUUUGCAAGAGUAGCUAUUAUUUUCUUAAAAGUAAAUAGAUGAGAAUAAGAAGAUGCAUGAAGUGCUUCUUUUUGCAAUUAAUAACCGUGGCUAGGAAAAAGAAUAGGAUCAACAAUUGAUUAUGGUGAAUAAAAACUUAUCUGAAACAAUAGCUAAAGUAGAGUAAAGAUGCCAGCAGUUGUAAUAGAAAAUAAGUUAAAUUAAAGUAUAUCAAAGGGUGUUUAAGCACUCAUAGUCAAUGCAAUGCAAAUUUUGUCAAGUGUUCUUCCCUUCUGAAGUGUUUGUAGAUCAUGUGAAAUCCUGCAGUAAGGAUAACAGAUACACCAGAUCGCACUUCUUCUAGAUUCCUCUCAGCAUUAGCAUCCAACAGACUAGGAUAGAUGUUGACCCUGUUGAUAACAGGCAAUAUACAGAGUAUGUAGUUUCUAUAAAUUUCAAUGACAAGACUUGGGUUAUCAAUCAAAAGUAUAAGGCUUUUUGCUCAUUACAUGAAAAACUUAUAAAUCAAUACCCUAAUAUAAAGUUCCCUCAAAGUUCAUACCAGUUUUCUUAGAAAACUCUGAAUGACUUUGGAAACAUCAAAGGUAGAUCUACUGGAGGAGGAUCAGGCUCAUCUAGCUUGAUUGAAGAUAGAAGGAAAAUUCUGUAGCAGUACCUUUAAGAUUUAGUACUCAUUCCUGCAAUUAAAGAAAGUCCUCAUAUGAAGUAAUUCCUGGACAUUUAAAAUCACUUCCCAGAAUUCUGUGAUGACAUUCUCUCAGUUCAAAACCAUUUUAUCAGUUAGUCUGUGCUAGAGCCUGCUUAAAACAAUAGACCAACUGGCUAGAACGUUCUUGGAGGAAACUUUAAAAUCAUGAAUGGUCUGUUCCAUAAACAGACCUCAAAUGUGAGCAACAACAACAAUAACUAAAAUGCCAACAACAAUGCCAUUAUGAGUCUCAAAGAAUCUUAAUUUAGCAAAAAUACUGAAAGCGAAAAUUCUGUAAGGCAGCAACUUGUAAAGAGGUUUGAUUACGAAAUUGAAGAUCUUAUUCAAGACAAAUCUAUUAAUGAAACAAAAGUUAGUAACAACAAUAUGGGUAUCCAUCCAAAUCAAUAGAGUUUCUCUCUUUAAUAAAACUAGCAAAGCCAGCUUUCAAAAAGUCGAUACGAGGUUAAUGUCAGUUCAAAUCUAACUCCAAAUAAAUUAUAGGAGCUGAGACACCAACCCUCUAUUGAGCGACUUCACUCAGAAUAGAAUGUUGAUGAUUUAUCGUCUAUAGAAGGUGUUUUAGUAGAUGAUGAGAACACUAGAUUCUACAAUGACGAUAACGACAACGAUGUAAAUAUGAUGGAUAACGAUCACUAUGAUGAGGGAGAAGACAUUGACUACUACCAAUAGAUGCCGUAGCCUUCUGAAUCCCCACUUAAGUCAAGUUAUAACUAGAAUGGACUAUAGACUAACUCAAGAAAUUGUAAUCAGAUUCACAAAUCAGUAUACUACAACGGAAAUAAGUUAUCAAGUAUCAAUUCAAAUUAAUCAUAACCUGGAGGGUUACACAUGAACUAGCUAGGAAGAGUGCGUGACAGCCAAAUGAGUCAUGCUGAGGCAUAUAUGAAAAAGUCAACUAGCUCUAAUGGACUAGUCUACUCACCUUCUUAGAUUCAAACCUCUUAAAUGACUAGCGUGCUAUUUAAUGAUAAAACAAAUCAAAAUAUCAAGAUAACAGGAUCUACACAGUUACUGGGGUUGAAAGAAAACUGUUAUAACUGCAAUCAUAAAAAUUCCUCUGAUGGCACUGAAACUAGAUGCAGUCAGGAUCAUUUCACCCAACCCUAAUCAUCAUCUUCUAAAUAUCAAACUAAUUCACAACAGGUUCUUCACAAUGGUUCUUCAAAUAAUAAUCAUCAUCUAUCUCAUCAAUAAUUAACACAGCACAAUUAGCAUAUGCAGCAGUAGCAAUACCAUCCAUCCUCGACAGUAGUUAAAAAUGCAAACAUUCUCGAUGAAUUAGUUCAGAAAUGCAAUGUCAAAGCUAAGGAAUUCGGAAACAUUGCUGAGCAAAGAAGUCAAAUGCAAAAAUAAAAACUAGAGUCCUUUGUCACUCCUAGAGAUGGCCUGAAUUCUCUUGGAUACAUCAAAACUGAUUCUGCAAUGAGAUCUGAUAAGAUUUUAUAAGAUCUGCUUAUGAAAGAUAAACCCUAAACAACUACAUAAAUCUCUUCGAACAAAAGAAUAACUCCAUAAAAAAAUCCAAGCCAGAAAGUAUUCACUACAAACCACUACGGAUUUACUAAUGUACAAACGGUUCGAUCUCCAAAUGAUAAGGGAAAACUUACAGGAGUAACCUAGCAUUCAGCAACAACACCUGAUGGCCCAAACAGAAGAUCGAGCGCCUUUGAAGCUCAAGCUAACUCUUGGAAGAAAAUAUAAAAUUACCAAGAUAAGAACAGCUCAUUGAAGAAAUAAUCAAGCGCAAGUUAAUUUGAUCACAGAAGCAACGAGAAGUCAAAGAAUUAUGCUGUCAAUAGCAACAAUGUAAUGAUGUAUAACAACUAACUCUGA